AUGGAUAUGCUCAAUCCACAAUUUGAAGAAAUAGGCAAGGAAUUUGUUAAUCACUACUUUCAGUUAUUUAACAGUGGAAGGAAUGAAUUGGCUGCAUUAUAUAAAGAUAUAAGUAUGAUGAGUUUUGAAAAUGAUCAAUGUAGAGGAACAAGUCAAAUAAUAGAAAGAUUAAAUAAAUUACCACCUACGGUUGUCCAUAAAUGUUUAAGUUUAGAUAUACAACCAACUCCAAAUAAUGGAAUCUUAAUAUUAGUAUGUGGAGAUAUUAUUAUUGAAGAAAAUAAACCAUUAAAAUUCUGUAGAAGUUUUCACCUUUUCCCAUUACCAAGUGGUGGAUAUUUUAUUUUCAAUGACUUAUUCAGAUUUUGCAUCAGUUAA